GUCCACACGAGCAGCUGCUGGGGUAAUUAGCCAUCAGAUCUUAACUUUCACUACAAUACCCAUCCUUGGAACCGCUCCACAAUCUCUGCUCUAAUUGGAUGUGAACGAGCCAGCCGUAACCAAUGAGCAGAGGGCGCCCGCACGCCAGGGGCAUUCUGGGUAGGAUGCCCCGCCCGCCAGGGGCACACUGGGUAGGAUGCCAACCGACGCCACCUUUCACCUGUGUUCUCUUAUUUGUUUACGUCUGUUUUGGUCGCCAUGGAAGCCAAGACAGUAAACAAGUAAACACGGUAUUAGAACUCAGCAGUGCAGCUGGCAGGGGGUGUCUGUGUGUUUGUGUUAAUGUCUUCAGGGUUAGGUUGAGUGUGUGUGGUUGUAUGUUUGUGCGUUGAGGUCUUCAGUGUAAGGUUGUGUGUUUAUUUGUGUGUUGUUGUGUGUGUGUGUGUGUGUGUGUGUGUGUGUGUGUGUGUGUGUGUGUGUGUGUGUGUGUGUGUGUGUGUGUGUGUGUGUGUGUGUUUGUCCGUUGAUGUGUUCAAGUCUCCAGGGUUAGGUUGUGUGGUUGCGUGUCUGUGGUUGUGUGUUUGUCUAUAUAGGGUGAGGUUGUUUGGGUUAAUUAAGAAUAGGGUCAGCGUCAUACUCUUUCAACAAUAAAGUUUCACUUUACUGUUUUACCAACAGCACUAUAAUACUAUUUUACCACCAACUGGGCCAUGUGUGUGUGUGUGUGUGUGUGUGUGUGUGUGUGUGCGUGUGUGCGUGUGUGCGUGUGUGUGUGUGUUUAAAUCGUUAAAUCGUUUCAACCAGUAUCAGCAGCCUACUGGUCGCAGUGCUAGGAGUUGUAGCAAUAACAUGUUCAAAAUUUAGUCCAUGACACGUUGCGCUAAAGACACACGCGGGCACCCGUAGUCCGUGACGUCAUGAAUCCGCAUGGCUGAUAUCGGGUGAAUGAACACAACUUUUACAAAGUUGGUAGUAAACAACAACCUUGACAGAGGAUUACUCGGUCCGACAUCACUCCACGCCCCCCGGAGAAUACACUUCAUCGGCGGUCCCUCUGAGUCCACCGUGCGGGGUCCCACUGAGGCAUGACCAUGUCCCGGUCCCGGUCUCCGGAGGUCCAGGGGUCCAGAGGGACCCUCGUCCCCCAACACCCAGAGGUCCGACCGGACCCCCAAAUACAGGGGCUCGUCCAAUCGCGUACAUAUAGAGCCGUGCAGACCCCCAGACGAUGGACCUGCGACCGCUACUCGGUCUUGACCAGCGGGGACUCUCCCGGGGACGAGGUCACCCAGGACAUCAUCUGGGACCCCACCUCCCCCACCCAGCCCAGCCCCAGCGGGGGUUCCAGGACCACCAGGAUGGUGAAGAUAUCCGACAUAGUGAACCGCAUCGCCCCUAAGGACGUCCGGCCGGCGCCGUCGCCCCUCUUGCAGUGGAUGGGCGACUGCGGGGUGUCCUGCACCCCCGAGCCCCGGACGCACCGCGCCCGCAGGCGCUCAGUCAGGCAGAGCAGUGUGGACGGCCUGGUGGAGCUGGCCCGAGCCUUCGACCGGAACAUGGAGCGCUCCGACGACCUGGCCGCCGCCCCUCGUCUCCACGACGACCUGACCGCUGCCCCACGUCCCCACGGCGAUCUGGCCGCUGCCCCACGUCCCCACGGCGAUCUGGCCGCUGCCCUACGUCCCCACGGCGACCUGGCUGAUGACCCCCGUCCCCACGGUAACCUGGCCGCUGCCCGGCGUCCCCACGGCGACCUGGCCGCCGCCCCUCGUCCCCACGGCGACCUGGCUGAUGACCCCCGUUCCACCAGCAACCUGGCCGCAACCUCCCCUCCGCUUCCCCCCCCCUCCGAGUCGCAGCGGGUGGAGGCGGAGCUCCGGGCGCUGUUCGACAGCUCCACCCAGAAGGUCAGUGGGGCCCUGAGCCAGGGGACCCUCAGCGAGGGGCCCCUCAGUCAGGGGUUCAGCGGGCCCCUCAGAAAGGGGGUCAGUGGGCCCCUCAGCCAGGGAGCCCUCAGCCAAGGGGCCCUCAGCCAGGGGGUCAGCGGGCCCCUGAGCCAGGGACCCCUCAGGCCCUCAGACCGGCCCCCGGGGGUGGCGGUCCGGGGCCCGGGGCCGGUGGUCCAGGAUUUUGAGGAUGACUUUGAGGACGACUGGGAGGACGAUGACCUGAUGAACGACUCGCUGGUGGUUGCCACGACCUCAGGGGCUCCCCCGGGGGUCGACUCCUCCUGCCCACCCCAGGGGAGGACUCCCGGACCCAGGGGCGGCUGUCCCGGACCCAGGACCCCCCAGCGCAGCACCUUCAGACUGGAGCCCAACCCAAGGUGUCUGGCCCCCCCCCGCCUCAAUCAAUCACAGGUCAGAGCGCCUGCCCCCCCCCGCCUCGACCAAUCACGGGUCAGAGCGCCUGGCCCCCCCCGCCUUGACGAAUCAAGGGUCAGAGUGCUUGGCCCCCCCCGCCUUGACCAAUCACAGGUCAGAGCACCUGCAGGCAGUUCAACCUGUCAAAAGGCAGCCCGUUACCACGGUGACGGCGCUAACAAUGGUGACACCAGUAACCACGGUGAAGCCGGUAACCACGGUGAAGCCUCAGUCGAGCGGGCGGUCCAGGGCCCCGGGGCCCCGGACGGCUGGUGGGACGAGGGCGGAGACGACCAGCUGCUGCUCCAGGUGUGUGAGGACGUAGAGAAGUUCUCCAACAGCCAGCCCUCCUCGGCCCCUCAGGCCCCUCCCUGCGGGCGGGGUCACCCCAGCACGCCCGCCCGGGGGCGGGGCCUCUCCACCACGCCAGUGGCCAUCGGGCCCGCCCCCCCGCGGGGCGCGGGCCAGCCGCUGGCGUGCGGGUACAGGCGCACUAACUCGGCCCCGGUGGCCGGCGGGAGGGCUGCGAGCGGCCAGGGGGGGGACGCCCAGACGAAGGGCGCUGGGGUCACAGCCGACCAAUCAGCUCUCUCUCAGAGCCAUCCCGGCAGCCAUGUUGGACCACGUCACCUCAGAGACGCUCCCGGGACAUUCCGCCCGCAGACGGUGACCUCCAGACCCUCAGGAAACUCCCAUCAUGCAACAUUCAAGAGGCACUUCUCAGACUCCUCCGCCAUCAGCAGCAAAGCGGUGUCGACCGGUCAGGUGAGCGUUCAGUUGAUCUCCAGGUGCUCGGCUGCUGACAUCGAGAGGAAGAAGCAGGAAGCUCUCGCCAGGAAACGCAAGCGGAUGCAGAACUCCCAGAAAAACGAGACCUCCUGAAGAGCUGCUACUGUCCACUCAACCCCCAGGAGGGUGUGUUCUCGUCCAGAUCAGUGAUCGUUGCUCCGCUGGAUUAUUCCUCCAUGCUAUCUGUUUACAUUCCAGUGACAGCGGUUUUGUUUUAUUGCAUCAAACCGUCGUUGUCCGAACUCUCCCCAUGAGGUCAACCCUCCGUUGCUGGGGGUCAAGCCACCAUGUGUUGAGUAGAAUUCCAGAUGACCAGGCUCUUAAGACUAUGACAGCAUGAAGCGCAACACACCUAC